AUGGUGCGAAUUAGUGCGGCUGCACAGAGACUAAAACAGACAGGGGGUGGGAAGGACACAGGCAUAAAAGCAGACCCACUCUUCCCCCGGAAGCAGGUGCAGUCUGUCGCAGAUCUUGUGUCGCACGACGGGCCACGUGACGAGGUGCGCAAAAGGGAUAUUUAUAUUUCCAAUGGGUUCGAAUUCGUCGGCACCGCCAACGACGCCUCACUUAAUGCGCACGUUCACAACUUUACGGGCAAGCGCCUCAUUUCGAUGCACGCAACCACGUUGACGUCGGCUUUCCUCGCCAGUCGCAUGGAUGAUUCUCCCUUUACGUGA